UCCAAGAUGGCGUUGACAAUAACAUUGGUUGAUAAUUCGAUAUCAACCAAUCGAAUCAAAAACAAUCAGCUGUCACACAACAAACAAUCAACAAGCGAAGGUGUUUUUUUUCAAUUAAUUAAAUAAUAAUAAUGGCAUCUAUUCUGGAACAAUAUGAUGCUUAUAAUUAUCAAUCGGGACCAAUUCGUGGCGGUACGAUCACACAAAAUGAGGGAAUCAUUAAUCUACGAUCCGAUCAAUUGGAACCAAUUUUUACGAAAAAUAAAAUUGAUUUUCGUCCCAAUUAUCCGAUAACAAAUAUGGUCAUAUCCAAUAAUCAGCUUUUAUUAUCAAUGGAAAAUUUUCAUCUACUCAAAAUUGAUCUGAUGAAUCCAACAAAACCAACAGAAAUUGAUCUUAAUCCAUAUUUUGUUCCGAUUAAAGCUCCAAAUAGACCAGUGAUUUGUGGCCUAUUCAUUGAUAAUAGUGGUCAACAUUGUUUGAUAACUGUUGGACAACGAAUCAAAAAUAAUCCAUCUAUGGAUGUUAUUCCAUUUGAAAAUUUUUAUUAUUAUCGUAAAUUAUCAUUAUUGAACAAAAUGAAAGGUCAUAUCAUAACGGCGGUUGGUUGGCUCGAUCAACCACAACAUCAACAAUCUGGACAAUGUGGAAAUUUAUUAAUCGGUACUAAUGAGGGAAAAAUUUUCGAAACACAUCUACAAUCAGAUGAUAGAUUUCUUGCAUCACGUGAACUUUCAUUUUGGAAACUUAUCUGUGAUUUUUCACCAACGAUUGCCUCUACUGCUGCUAAUCUAGAUUAUUCAUCAUCCAAUUUAUCAAAUUCAUCAAUGGAUCCAAAUAAAACUUCAUCAUCAUCAUCAUCAUCAGUAGCAACAGCAAACACUAUUGCUGUGAAACAAGAACCAAUUUGUGCCAUAAAAUUAUUUCGUUUAAAAAAUCGUGAAUUCUGUAUAUUGAUUGCAACAAGAAAUCUUAUCUAUCAAUAUAUUGGCCGGAUCUCUCCAUCGACAACAACACAAUUAAUUGGUGGCAUUAAUUCUGGUACUUUUGCUGAUAUGAGUACUGGUGUUGGCAAUGGCCAAUUGAUUGAUGGACAACCAUAUCUUUAUCAGAUUAUACAAGGCCCGAACAGUCAAAAAACAUUCAAAGAGAUGCCUGGCUAUAUACCGGCAACCAGAUUAGAUUUGUUUCGACCGACAAUUUCUACGAAUAUGGAUAAUAAUUAUCCAUUAUCAUUUGGUUGGUUAACUGAACCAGGUAUAUUCUAUGGAGAUAUACCAUCCGAUUUCGGUUAUAAAGAACGGAAAAUUUUUGAUAAUGCUACCGUUAUUAUGUAUUCUGAUCUAAAUCAACCAUUAUCGGAUUCGGAACAUUCCCGUGAAUCAUCUAAUCAUCUGCAUCAUCAUCGAUCAAUACCACAAUCAUUAGUGUUGACCAGAUUUCAUUUGAUGCUUUUGUAUCCACAUAAACUUCGUGUUUAUUGUGUAUUGAAUCGUCAAUUAGUAUGGGAAGAUCGUUUUGUUGGUGAACCAGGUGAAAAUCUUGUUAAAGAUCCAAUACGUAAUACAAUUUGGUCGUAUACAAAAAGUUCUGUUUAUCGUUAUCGUAUUAAUCAAGAAGAUCGUAAUAUUUGGGAAAUUUAUUUGAAGAAAAAAGAUUUUGAACAAGCUAAACAUUUUGCACGUAAUGAUCUGAUAAAAAUGGAUCGAAUCAUUUGUGAAGAAGCAUUAUAUCAUUUUGCUCAUAAAAACUAUAUGAAAAGUGCUCAACUUUUCACACAAACACGUACAAAAUCAUUCGAAGAAAUUACAUUGAAAUUUAUUGAACUUCGUGAUGAAAAUCAAGAAGCGUUGAAAGAAUUUCUAUUGAAUAAAUUGACAACAUUAUCGUCGGAAAAAGAACGUACACAAAUAAUCAUUUUGUUAUUGUGGUUAUUCGAAUUGAUGCUCAAUCAAUUGGCUUUAUUGAAAUCAUCGGCCCAAGAUUAUUCUAUAACGAAUGAUAAUCAAAGUGAUGAUCAUGAUCAUGAAAAGUUGAAAUGUGAACAAGAUAAAAUUGAACAAUGUCUGAAAAGGAUAAUUUCCAACGCAAAUUAUCGACAACCAUUACGUAAUAAUCGAAAAAUUUUCUAUGAUUUAAUCCUAAAUCAUGAUAAUCAAGAAAUGUAUGAAUUUUUUGCUAAUGAAAUUAAUGAUUUUGAUUGCCUAUUGGAUCAUUAUUGUCGUGUAAGGAAUUAUCGCCAAGCGAUCAAUUUGAUGAGACGUGAAGAAUGUUUGGAUUAUUAUUACCACUAUUCACCAUUGAUAAUUCAACAUUUACCAAAAGAAUUGAUUGAUUGUUUGAUACCAUUGGCUAGUGAAUUAGAUAUGGCCAAAUUAAUACCAUCAUUAGUACAUUUUGAUCAUUCAAAUGAUGAUGAUCAUUCUGUAAAUGAUGAACGACGUGAACAUCAAUGCAAAGAAAUUUUACGUUUUCUAGAAUUCUGUGUAUACGAUCUUAAGAUCCGAGAUGGCCUUGUACAUAAUUAUUUUCUUGCAUUAAUGGUACAAUAUGAACCGGAUAAAUUACUUUCAUAUUUGAAUGAUGUUUCACAACAAACGGCCAAUGCAUCCAAUGAUUCUUAUAUGUUUACAAAUAAUGAUGGCACUGGUAAUUCAUCAUCAUUGGUUCCAUUUGAUCUAAGUUAUGCAGCAAGAAUUUGUUUACAGAAUAAUAAUCAGAAUAACAAUAAAAUGGUACCACCACGUGCCCUAGUACAGCUAUUGGCAACAAUGGGUGCAUAUGAAGAAGCUAUUGAACAGGCGUUAUCAGUAAAUGAUGUUGAUCUAGCUAAACAGAUGGCUGAUCAAGUCCAAACAAUGUUAACAUCAUCAUCAUCAUCAUCAUCGGCGACAGCAGAUCAGCAUCAUCACUCAAAUCUAGAUUUAGCCAAACGUUUAUGGUUAAAAAUUGCCAAACAUGUGAUUAAAAAUAUCUAUGCUAAACCAGAUGAUGAUUAUAGUAAAGACCAUCAACAACAACAGCAUGGACAGCAGCAAGAAAACACGGUAAACUUUGAUAUAUCAAUGGCAACAAGUAUAUUGAAUGAAUGUUCAUUAUUAAAAAUUGAAGAUAUUCUGCCAUAUUUUCCUGAAUAUCUAACUAUUGAUCAUUUUAAAUCGGCAAUUUGUCAAUCAUUGGAGAAUUAUAAUGAACAUAUUGAAUCAUUACGUGAUGAUAUGAAAUUAGCUACAGAAUCAGCACAACAAAUACGUGAAGAGAUUGCAAAAUUACGAAAUCGUUUUACUAUUAUAAAUUCUACAGAUAUUUGUUGUUUAUGUUCAUUUCCAGCCAUAAAUGAACAUUUUUAUUCAUUUCCAUCAUGUGGCCAUUUAUUUCAUCAUAAAUGUUUAAUACAAGAAAUUGUUGAAUAUCUUGAUAAUGAUAAUCGUAUACGAUUAGAAGCAAUGUUAUCAGAAAUGAAAUCAAUACAGAAUCAAUUACAAACAUUGAUGAUGACAAUACCCGGUGGUGGCAAUAAUAAUGGUGUUGUUAAACAAAAUAAUCAAAAUUCAUCAUUCGAACAGCAACAACAACAACAAUCAUCGACAACAGAAUCAUCAUUAUCAUUAACAAAUCGUUUAGAAAAUCUGAAUGAACGAAUUGAAGAUCUAAUCGGUAGUGAAUGUCUUUUAUGUGGUAAUCUAAUGAUUGAGACCAUUGAUAAACCAUUUAUUGAUGAAUAUAGAGAUCGUGACCAGCAACGUGGUUGGAUUUGAUUGAAUUGAGAAAUUUCAGAAGAGAGAAAGAAAAAAAUUUAUUGUCAUUUUUUAAAAUAAAUUUA